CUAGUGCCAGUAUAUCAUAUGUUUGCAGUCUUGGCUUUGCUAGGGCCAAGUUGUUCGGUCCAUGGAAGCACGCGUUAGUCAGCAUCACUUUUUUACAAAUUUGGGCAUCUCCCUCACUCAAAUCUCUCCCCUCCUCCUUUUGAAUGUUCUCUCUUCUCUAUAUUCAGCACCAAGACACUGCAGAGAGUAAGAGACAGACAGACACCCUUCUCCCGAAUCCUUAUAAAUACUCCUCCAUACGGAGACUCCGAAAGUUCAAACCACAAACACAUCUCAGAAACACUAAAAAAAAUAGACAAAAAUAUAAGAAGAAGAUCAGUCAGUCCCCUUCCCUCAAGAAGAAGAAGAAGAGGAAGGAGAUGGAGAAGGUGAUGGGUUUGGCAUCCGAUAAUGGGCUGGUGAUCUUCAGCAAGAGCUCUUGUUGCAUGUGCUAUGCCGUGAGCAUGUUGUUCCAAGGGAUCGGGGUGAAGCCAGUGAUGUACGAUAUCGACCAGGACCCACAAGGCAGGGAGAUGGAGAAAGCCCUCAUGAAGCUCGCCGGCACCACCGCCGGCCCAGUCCCCGCGGUCUUCAUCGGCGGCAAGUUCAUGGGCUCCACCAACGAGAUCAUGUCCGCACACCUCAGUGGCCAACUCCUCCAGAUGCUCAAGCCUUACCACUCUUUGUCUUAAUAUCAUCUAUUUCAUUUUCAUCAUCAUUUACUAGUUAAUUAGGGGAGGGAUUCCGAAUUAAUUAGUUUCUGCUCUAUAGAAAUAAGGAUUUACUUAAUUAGCCUUGUCGACAAAGUUAUUGGUAUUUGGUACGUACGUAGUUUCUAGUAGUCUAGAGCUUUGCACUUUCCUGGUCCUAAUAUACGAUCCUACAAAUGUCAGCUACUUAAUUAUUAUGUUUGUCGACAAAGAUAAUUUCCACCGCUAAUCAAUGAUUAAUUAGCUUGUAUUAUUUACUUGCCGGGUUCCUACAUCUUAAUUAAUGAAAUAUUUUAUGUUUA